CAAAACUUAUCACAAUCUUAUUGCGCUCUAACUGCAAUUUGCUCCAAGCUCUCUAAUUUAUUUAUUUGCUCACAGAUCAUUCUGAAAGCUUUCUUUAUUUUUCUUAUUGCUAGUGUUUUUUCAAUUUUACUGUUUCAAUUAGUUUCAUUUUCCAUCAAUGGCAGAAACAAAGGAAUGCCAUGUUAUCGUCGAAAUCCCAGUAGACGAAGAGCAUCAAAAUAAACUUGUAUGUGCAAUUCAACAUCACCCAUUAAUGGAAAUCUCAAAAAGCCCAGGUCAUCUCUUACUUCUCAAGCUUUGGCAAAGAGAAGAGGAUCUCUCUGGCCGCAGAAUUGCGGCCAAAGAGACCCGAAUGGACAGCAUUCGAAGAGAAAUAUUUCAACUUUGUUGUUUCUUCUUUAUAUUCCAUGCACUUUUCUUUACAAUUUUAUUCACAUCUAUUUCAGAAGACAACCAACAUAAUAAUUUCGCGUGCCACAAAUGGUGGAUCCCAUCAGUGGUAUCAGUUUGCACAUCAUUUUUUAUAGUGUUUUUGGUACAGUUGAAACUUUACAGGUUUUGGAAAGUGUCGAAACAGUUGCAAAGGGAGAGAGGGGAUGGUAGAGCAUUGACGAGGUGCAUUCAAGAACUGAGAAUGAAAGGGGGGAGUUUUGAUCUGUCAAAAGAACCACAGAUUGGGAAGAAAAUGAAGAGCUCUAGUGUGGAGAUCAAAUGGAAGCCUUUAACUUGGUUAUCUCAAUAUGUAGUAACCAUUUGUCUUAUUUGUUUCACAGGAUUGGUGUUCGCAGCUUCCAGGCUCGUCCUCUGCGCUUAAAUCAGCUAUUUGGAAUCUAGAAAAGUUGCUCUUUGCUCGGGCAGAAAUGUUUUAUGAUUUAGAGACCAAAGCAGAUCCCCUAUAGUUUCAUAGUAUGUGUCCUGCUCGCGGAUCCAGGAUUCAGUCAUCGCAGGGGCACUAUGACAUUCAAUAUAAAUUUAUAACCGCUCAUAGAGAUUGAUACGGGGGCCUAGGCUAAUAUUUGACUAUUUCUUGAAGACAAUUUUUGCGGAAGUUACCGGGUGCCGGUGUUAAGGGGGAUAGAUACCCAGCAAGGAUGUAAGAUUGAGAAGUCCCAUCUGUUACACACAGUCGACUGGCUCG